ACUGUUCAGUGUUUUGAAGAACAAACACAACCACCAACCACCAUGGGCAGAAUCAUCUUCUACGAGGACAGGAACUUCCAGGGACGCUCUUAUGAGUGUAUGAGCGACUGCUCUGACUUGUCCUCCUACCUGAGCAGGUGUCACUCCUGCAGGGUUGAGAGCGGGUGCUUCAUGGUCUACGACCGCCCCAACUUCAUGGGAAACCAGUUCUUUUUGAGGAGGGGAGAGUACUCUGACUACCACCAGUUGAUAGGAAUAAGCGAUGGUAUGAGGUCCUGCCGCAUGAUCCCAAUGCACAGAGGAUCCUUCAGGAUGAGGAUCUACGAGAGGGAGAACUUCGGAGGUCAGAUGAUGGAGCUGAUGGACGACUGCGAGUCCAUCAUGGACCGGUACCGCAUGUCUGACUGCCAGUCCUGCCAUGUGCUGGACGGCCACUGGCUGAUGUACGAGCAGCCCCACUACAGAGGCAGGAUGAUGUACAUGAGGCCUGGAGAGUACAGGAACUUCAGGGAGAUGAGCAUGAGUGGAAUGAGGGUCAUGAGCAUGAGGCGUAUCAUGGAUUCUUGUUAUUAAAUGCACUGAUAUCAUAUAUCAUAAAUGCACCUAUAUCAUAAAUGCACCAAUAUCAUAUUGCUGUCAAUAAAAUGUAAAUUACUCAAAA